CUUUGACGUUUUGUUCCAAGAUUUGAGGCGAUCGCACAUCGCGAAAAAUAUAAAGCAAUUCUAUUGCGUAAAUUUCCACAAAAAUGACUUCUGUAUCUCGUGCUGGGCAUUUAGCUCCUUUUUUUAAAGCUACAUGUAAUGUUGUGUCGAAUGGCCUUAAACCCGUCGUUGCAUCUGCCCCCCUACCUUCUGACAAAGUGGUAGUUCAGCCUCUGCCCAAGACUUCUACGGUGCAGACACUUCAUGGAGCCCUGCCCAUCCAAAACAUUAAAGUGAAACAUGGAAGCCGCGUGCCAACUCAGGUACGUUUUGCGCACUCCGAUAUUGCGUAUCCUGACUUCUCAGCAUACCGUCGUAAGGAAACUCUGGACCCGAAAUCUAAGGCUGAAGAAAAUGUUGAUGGACGCCAAUCUUUCACUUAUCUUAUUGCUGGAGCGGGUAGCGUAGCUGGUGCCUAUGCUGCUAAAUCUGUUGUCACACAUUUUGUGUCAUCAAUGGCUGCAGCCGCUGAUGUGUUGGCUUUAGCUAAGAUUGAAAUCAAACUGAAUGAAAUUCCAGAAGGAAAGUCAGUUACCUUCAAAUGGCGUGGAAAGCCUCUUUUCAUUCGUCACAGGACAGCCAACGAAAUCUCCACGGAGAAGUCAGUGGCAGUUGACACCCUGCGUGACCCGCAACACGACGACCAGCGCGUACAGAACCCCAAGUGGCUGGUGGUCAUCGGAGUGUGCACCCACCUUGGCUGCGUGCCCGUUGCCAAUGCCGGAGACUUCGGCGGCUACUACUGCCCGUGCCACGGCUCCCACUACGACGCAUCCGGACGCAUCCGCAAAGGCCCCGCCCCCCUGAACCUCGAGAUCCCACCGCACACCUUUGUCGAUGAUGGCCUUUUAGUCGUAGGCUAAACGAACGAUGUUAUUUAUUAGACAAUUUAUUUAAGCAUCUACCAAUUUCAUCAAUAGAAAUCAAUAAAAUGUGAUACGUU